CUAUGCGUUUGUUUCUAUAUUCGUCCAGAUUUCUCCGCCGGGGUUGUCGAGCUCCGGGAUUUGGUUGCCGCGGUCUCGAGGAGCAGGCUUUGGAGCGGGAAUUAAGAAUAGUGGCAGCUAAAGUUUCAUUCUCAGCAUCAUUGGAAUUGGAACAAAGAACAUCAGUAUGACAACCACAAGAUUAUUCUGCUAUUGAUACCGCUAAGGUGGUUCUUUUUAUGGAACAGCAUGGAAGCACGGUCAUCCCUAGCAAUGCAAAAAUCAGACAUCAAACAACUCUGCAGCUCACGAGUUCCUUCAGUUAUGUCAUCAUCUUUACCGGUUUUGCCCACACUCGAGGAGAGGUAUCCUGCACUGCCUGAUUCUCAGCAGGUUUCAAUGGAAAGAGAACUUAGAAGUGAGCCAGUUACUUCAUGUCAUACACCUUUCAUUUCAAACAGUGGGUCUAUGGGACCGUUGUUCUCUUCAGCUCCAGGGUUCUCUUCAGAUCUUCAUUUCUCUUCAGUUGCACCCCUUGAUAGGCAGAUGAUCACCACCCCUCUUGUUUCUCAAUCAUCCAAGAGUGGAAUGUGGUUUCCAGCCCAGUUACAUUCAGGAGCUUCCCAGACUUCAAUGAAUAAUUUUACUAGAGAAUCUCCUGAUGUGUCAUGGCCUCCGGUUUCACUUCAAGGUGUGAUUGAUAAUGCCAGUGCUGUGACCAAUCAAGUCCAGAGCAAUUGCAUCAUGGUAUCUGAUGACAAACAAGAUGACUUAUGGUCAGAUCUUAUUGCUGAUGAAUGGAAGGAACUCUUGAAUGAUCCAAAUUCUACUGAUACUCAGCCAAAGGAACCAUACUCAUUGGGCCAAGCUUCUUCAAAUAUUUCAGCACACAAGCCACAAACCCAUUUGGCAGUUCCUUCUCAUUCGGGGGAGCAUUAUGCUGCCACUAGUCCAACAUCUGGCGCCAAUAAUGCUUCAGCUAAGCCACGCAUGCGAUGGACUCCAGAACUUCAUGAAUGCUUUGUGGAAGCUGUGAACCAGCUUGGUGGGAGUGAAAAGGCUACUCCCAAAGGUGUCCUGAAGCUCAUGAAAGUAGAUGGCCUAACCAUAUAUCAUGUAAAAAGCCACUUGCAGAAAUACAGAACAGCUAGAUACAGGCCAGACUCCUCUGAAGGGACAUUAGAAAAGAAGGCUUCUCUUAUUGAAGGAGUGUCAUCUUUAGACUUGAAAACAGGGAUAGAGAUAACUGAAGCCUUAAGGCUCCAAAUGGAAGUUCAGAAACGGCUCCAUGAACAGCUUGAGAUUCAGCGAAACCUUCAAUUGCGGAUCGAAGAACAAGGGCGGUACCUCCAAAUGAUGUUCGAGCAACAAUGCAAGACAGGCAUGGAUAAACUCAAAGCCUCUCCGAGCCAAUCCUCAGACCCAACCGGACUCGCUCAAACUGCUGAGGCAGCACCAUCAGAUUCAGUGAGUGCAAAACCAACAGAAAGCCUCGAACAGAAGAAGACCACCGAGAAUGAACCAGAGAACAUCGUCAUUCUAGACGAGGCUCAUCCGCCUCCGAAACGCCUAAAAGGUGCUGAGCAUGACUUGCAAUGAAUCAUGACAAACUCACUGUUCUUGAAUGUUGGACAGUGAUGAGAACUUUGGAAUGCAUACCAUGAUUUCUCUUGAGACAAUGGCCUAAUUUUGAUUAUUGGAGUGAAUAAAUGUACUAUAGAUCAUGGAUGCACCAUUUAUUCAACAAAGUAGUUCACUUGCAUGUGAAACCUCUGCUGUUUAUUUUCUAUCCUAAGACUAACAGAGCAUGAGAUUUGUAAAUUUGGCCUGUGUUUAUGUAGGAACUUAUUAUUGUAUAUUGUUCUUAAUUGUUUGUCAUCUGACUCAAUCCACCCCCAUUUUAAUGUUGUGUAAAAUGAGUGGGUGGUCAUUAUUAACAAGCAGUUAAGUGUUUCUAAA